AUGAAAUUGGGGGAUAUCUACUUCGCUCUUUACAUGGAUUUACCCGGAGGAGCGCCGCUGAUUAUGUAUUGGAAACACAACGUCUUGGAAGCCAAGACUCAGAUUGUCCCCGGUGGGGGAACGACCCCCGUCGACGUGCUCCCCUUCAACACCUUCAAUCGGCGAAUCACCGGGCUGUGCCGUCUGACUCUAGAAUCCGACGGCAACCUCCACGCUUAUUAUUGGAACGGCUCCAUCUGGAACGAGGAUCUCCGGGCGAUCGCCGACCACUGCGAGAUCCCCACAUCAUGCGACACCUAUGGGCAGGGCGUCGACCUGGCGAACGACGAACUGACACAGCAUUUAAAGGUGGCGUCUUUGGAGCAGUGCGAAGAGUCUUGCGAGCGGAACUGCAGUUGCUGGGCCGCAAUCCACCACAACGUGUCGGGGUACUGCUAUCGACUGGACUACCCGAUCACUCUGGUGGCGACGAAUGAGAGGAAGGUGGGGUAUUUCAAGGUGUGGGUGAGCGGCAACGGCGGAAGGACAGUGAAGAAGGCGAUGCUGGCGGUGGGUGGUGUUUUGUUCGGAGGAGUAGUGGCGGUUGCUGGAUACGGUGUGUGGAAGUGGUGGCGAGGGCGGAGGCUGGUGGCGUACAUGGAUCUCAAUUCGGCAUCGUCUCAAUUGAUUGAGCUCUCCAGCACGUUCAACAAUGGCGAAUAA